UUGUCUCCCUCGUCUGCAUUAUAUUUUUUCUGGUUUUUUCGACUUUUUCAGCUUUUUCGUACGUUUUACGUGUAAAAACGUGUAAAUUUAUAUUUUUUGCAUUCUUAUUAUCGAUUUUGUGUACAUAAUAACCCGAAGUUCUCGUUAUUUCGACUAAAACGAGAAUUAAAUCUUUUCAGCUAUCGAACGUUGGGCAACAAUGGCUGCCAAUCAAAACUUGACCAAGAAGAAGAAGGCCGUGCAAAAUGGUAUCUUCAAAGCUGAGCUUAACAACUUCUUGAUGAAGGAGCUUGCUGAAGAUGGUUACUCUGGUGUCGAGGUUAGUUUUUUAUUUUAGAGAAAUGAGAUUCGAUUUUUCAAAAAUUAUUUUUAGGUUCGUAGCACCCCAGCUAGAGCCGAAGUCAUCAUCAUGGCCACUCGCACCCAAAACGUUCUCGGAGAACGUGGACGCAGAAUUAAGGAAUUGACAUCAGUCGUCCAAAAGAGAUUCGGAUUCGAAGAAGGAUCAGUCGAGGUAAUUAUUAUUUUUUAUUUUAUGGUUUCUGAUCUAAAAAUUUAGCUUUUCGCCGAGAAAGUCUCAAACAGAGGACUCUGCGCUGUUGCUCAAUGCGAAUCCCUCAGAUACAAACUCGUCGGAGGACUUGCCGUCCGUCGUGCUUGCUACGGAGUUCUUCGAUUCAUCAUGGAAUCUGGAGCUCAAGGAGUUGAAGUGAGUUAUUAUUAAAAUACUUCUGUGAAUUAAAAAAAAUUAUUCAGGUUAUCGUCUCUGGAAAGCUCAGAGGUCAACGUGCCAAGGCCAUGAAAUUUGUUGACGGACUCAUGAUCCACUCUGGACACCCAGUCAAUGACUACAUCCAACAAGCCGUCAGACACGUCCAACUUCGUCAAGGUUUGUUUUUUUCAACUUUCUCUCGAUCGUCUUAUGACGUAUCGAUUUUGGGAGUUUAAGCCCCACGCUGAUUAUUUCGUCACUUUUGGCCGAGGAAACCAAACCGGGCAGGCUCCGCCCACUUUUUUUCUAAAUUUUUUUCGUUUUUUUUGUUCAGAAUUUUUUUGAAACACACAAUUUUCUCAGCUCUCAGGCCGUUUCACCGAAAAAACGAACGAUGGAAACGUAGAGAAUUAAAUUGUGAUUCUUUCAUGACUAAGAAUGAGCUUUAAGUCACCGAAACCAUGUACUUAUUAAGCCCUAAGUAAAACUUCUCAUUCUACAAGGUUUUUGAAAAUUUCAACUUUGCAAAUUAGAGUAUUUGGGUUUAUUUUCCUAUUCCCAUCAAUAUUAUCUACAUUCGGCGUUGUUUAGGGUGUUAAAUUGCAAUAUUUAGAAAAAAAACAUAAAAUGCCGUGUUGAAAAAAUGAAUGUGCGCUCUAGCGAACACGGGGCCGAACUUUUUCCAUUGACGGCCAAAUGUCACGAAAUAAUCAGCGUGGCCCUACAUACUUGCGAACUCAUUUAUGUUGAAGGUUUUUAUUAUUAAAUACAAUUGACACCUAGUUUUGAAGUUUGCAUCCUUUUUGAGUUAUCCGUAUGACACAAAACAAUCUUUUCAAAAGAAUAUCGAUUUUUUGUUCAAAAAACAUUCUUAUCAAGAAAGACUUGGAGUUUGAAUUUUCUCUAUUUUAAUAAAUUGGCCCAAGAAAAUUAUAAUUUUCAAUUUAAAAUAUUACAGGAGUCAUCGGAAUCAAGGUCAAGAUCAUGCUUCCAUAUGACCCAAGAGGACAAAACGGACCAAGAAACGCCCUCCCAGAUCACGUCCAAAUUGAAGACCCAGUCGACGAGGUUUUGCCAACAGAGCCACACUCACAACACAAAGAAGAAAAGAAGGACAUCCAAAUCCCACCAGCACAACCAGUUGCUCCAGUCCAAUAA